AUGGACAAUCCUAAUGCUCAUGACUUCGCUCAACAUGCUUUUGGCCUAUAUUUUAUCAAUUUAUUGACUUUCAAGAGCCACUCAUUGUCCCUCCGCACUUCUAAUGCCAAUUUCUUUGGAUAUUUGAGAUCCCCGAUUGAACCCACAUCAAGUUUUCGAAAUUACAUGCUCUCUGCGUGCUCAUGUUAUCAUUUCAUGCCAUUUCUAGGGACCCCUGGUUUAAGUUUUGUCAAAGUUUCGCAACCCAUGGAUGUUCUUGCUGGAUUUAAGGUCAAUGUGCGUCCUUUUUGUUCAGAAAGUGUUGUAGUCGGUCGUUUGGAUUUUGAUGGGGUUGGUGACGAAGGAAAGUUAAUAGAAAAUGAUGUCGAUAAGUUGUACAAGGCGAUUAUGGAUAACUCUCACUCGUAUUGUGAUAUGGAGAAAGCUCUUGAUCAAGUUGGUUUACCAUUGACUACUCCAUUGGUUGUUCGAGUGCUUGAUAUAUUGUCGUGCACGAGGUAUAAGGUGAAGCAGUUUCGAAUUGUUUGUGAUUUACUGGAUUAUACGAAGACGCAUGACAAGAAUAAGGUUCCCGUUGAGGUUCUUUUAAAGAUUUUGAAGCAAUACACGGAAAAGCAUCACACGUAUCUGCAGAAAUUUGCCAAGAAGAAGAGGAUAAGGGCGAAGACGCAGCCGGAAAUCAAUGCCUUGAACCUGCUGUUGGAUGCUUUGUGUAAAUCUAGUCUGGUUCAGGAUGCCCAAGACAUGUUACGGAGGGUGAGGAAAAUGUUGAAAAAGGUUAAGCCUGAUGCUAAUACAUACAACAAUUUGUUUUUUGGUUGAUGUAGAGUUAGGAACCUGACUAGAGGAAUGAGGCUGCUGGAAGAGACGAUCCAAGAGGGUCAUACACCUGAUAAUUUCACAUACACUACUGCCAUUGAUGCCUUUUGCAAGGCAGGGAUAUAAGUUUCUGAGGCAACUUAAGUUUUUGAAUUCAUGCGAACGAAAGGUUCUACGCUUUCUUCUCCCACCACAAAAACUUAUGCAAUUAUGAGGCUGUCCAGCAUGAUAAACAGUGGUUGUCAUCCUGAUGUUUCUUCAUACAAGGAGCUACUUGAAGGGAUGUGUUUGGCCGGGAAGGUGGUGGAGGCUUGUAAGUUUUUGCAAGAGAUGGGGAACAAAGGUUACCCUCCUGACAUAGUUACAUAUAACUGUUUUCUCAAGGUCCUUUGUAACAAUAACAAGAGAGAUGAAGCACUUAGGCUUUACGGAAGGAUGAUAGAUGGAGGUUGUAUGCCUAGUGUGCAGACUUAUAACAUGCUGAUUUCAAUGUAUUUUGAGAUGAGUGAUCCUGAUGGAGCAUUUGAGACUUGGCAUGAGAUGGAUAAGAGGGGCUGCGCACAGGACACUGAUACUUACUGCAUGAUGAUUGAAGGGCUUUUUUAUUGCAAUAAAGUGGAAGAUGCAUGUUGCCUAUUGGAAGACGUUGUAAACAAGGAAAUGAAAUUGCCUUACAGCAAGUUUGAUUCGUUUGUGACGGAGCUUUCAGUGGUUGGUGGUCUUCGAUCCAUUCACAGGCUUUCGAGUCGUAUGAGAAAGUUCUAUAAUCCUUCUAUGGCAAGACGUUUUGCAUUGAACAAGAAACGGAAGAGCACGAGUUUGAGAGAGCGCUGA